GCUUGUGUAAUGUUCCACCCACAGGAGCAGAGGGGCCGUGGCCAACAGACAUGGGGGAGAAUGAUCCAGAAGAAGAGCUGAGACUGAUCCUGAUUGGAAAGACGGGAUCUGGGAAGAGCUCCUCAGGGAACACCAUCCUGGGCCGGAGUCACUUCCUGUCCAGGUGUAGCGCCGGCUCUGUUACCAAGGUCUGCCAGCUGGGGACCUCUGACUACCCUCUGGAGGUGGAGGCGGGGAGGAGGAGCAGGAGGAAGAGGGUGGUGGUGGUGGACAUGCCAGGUUUUGGAGACACACACCUGACCCAGGAGCAGAUCAUCACAGAGAUCAGUCGAUGCGUGGCCCUGACGGCCCCCGGCCCCCACGCCUUCCUCUUGGUGGUCCAGGUGGGACGCUUCACAGAGGAGGAGAACAUGGCCGUCACUAUGAUGGCUGCUGUAUUUGGAGAAGCGGCGGUCUGCAACCACACGGUGGUGCUGUUCACCAGGGGAGAUGACCUGGAGGAGCCGAUGGAGCAGUACCUGGCCAGCGCACCUGUGAGCCUCAAGGCUUUAAUUGACAGGUGUGGAGGCAGGUACCACCUUCUCAACAACCGGGCGCCCAGCGAUGUGCAGCAAGUUCACGAGCUACUAGGAAAGGUUGAGCAGGUUGUGGAGGACAACGGUGGAGGGUGUUACACCAACGCCAUGUACCGGGAGGCAGAGAUAGCAAUCAGAGAGGAGCAGGAAAGGAUAAUGAGGGGGCGGGGCCAAGCAGAGGGCGAGGAAGAGGAAAUGAAGAUGUCUGAAUGGAGGAGGCGUGUCCUAGAGCGGGUUGGGGGGGCUGAUGACGGGGACGAGGUGUUUUGGACACAGACCGAGACGGCGGAGAGAAGAGGAGGUGCUCUCAGCUUCCUCAGGGAAAGAGGAGAGCGAUGGAGAGAUGGGUGGAGACGUAGAAGGAGGGGCGGUGGCCGGCCGAGGCCACGUGCUCCCUCUGCCCCCGGUAGGGGGUGGCGAAGCCAGGUGCCCCUUUCUCCCAGCGUGCUGCGGAGAGUGAAGGUGGUGGUGGCGGCGGUGGUCACUGGCCUGGUGGUAGGGGCUCUGUGUGGUGCGGCUGUCCCACUAGCAGCAGCAGCAGGGGCAGCCGUGGUGGGGAACGCAGCAGGUUUGGGUGUAGCUCAUCUGGCUGGGGCGACGGUAGGGUGGGUGGAGGCUAUCGGCGCUGUUGUAGCAACAGCCUCGGGACAGACGGCCGCGGGGGCCGCUAUCGGAGGGCUUGUGGGGGGCUCCGUGGCCGCUGCGGCUGGGCUAGAAGCUGCCAGUCCUGGGGAAGGAGUUCAGUUAGCCCUGGGCCAGGUGGGCCUCCUGGGGGUAUCAGCUGUGGGGGUGGCUGCAGGGGUGGGGGGCGUCCUGGGAGCUGGGGCCGCCCUAGGGGCCACAGCCCUGCCUGGAGCCCAUGCUGCCGCUGCAGGGGCCGUAGUUAGAGCCGGGACCAGCGGGGCGGUGUGUGCUGCUUCAGGCCCCAGCUUGGUGUCUGCCUCCUGGGGAGGAGCGGGGGCCCGCGUCCUGGCUGCAGUAGCAGAGGUGGGCCAGGCGGCGGUGGGACUGGUGCUGGCUGGAGGUCUUGUGGUAAAGGUGUUCAAAGAAAAGGUCUGUAGCGGCGAAGGGACCAGGGAAGCUAGCUACACAGAGCGCAGGACGUAUGAAAUCCAAUGGAACAAAUCAGCAGCAGCAGGGGCAGCCGUGGUGGGGAACGCAGCAGGUUUGGGUGUAGCUCAUCUGGCUGGGGCGACGGUAGGGUGGGUGGAGGCUAUCGGCGCUGUUGUAGCAACAGCCUCGGGACAGACGGCCGCGGGGGCCGCUAUCGGAGGGCUUGUGGGGGGCUCCGUGGCCGCUGCGGCUGGGCUAGAAGCUGCCAGUCCUGGGGAAGGAGUUCAGUUAGCCCUGGGCCAGGUGGGCCUCCUGGGGGUAUCAGCUGUGGGGGUGGCUGCAGGGGUGGGGGGCGUCCUGGGAGCUGGGGCCGCCCUAGGGGCCACAGCCCUGCCUGGAGCCCAUGCUGCCGCUGCAGGGGCCGUAGUUAGAGCCGGGACCAGCGGGGCGGUGUGUGCUGCUUCAGGCCCCAGCUUGGUGUCUGCCUCCUGGGGAGGAGCGGGGGCCCGCGUCCUGGCUGCAGUAGCAGAGGUGGGCCAGGCGGCGGUGGGACUGGUGCUGGCUGGAGGAGCAGAGGGGGCGUGGCCAACAGACAUGGGGGAGAAUGAUCCAGAAGAAGAGCUGAGACUGAUCCUGAUUGGAAAGACGGGAUCUGGGAAGAGCUCCUCAGGGAACACCAUCCUGGGCCGGAGUCACUUCCUGUCCAGGUGUAGCGCAGGCUCUGUUACCAAGGUCUGCCAGUUGGGGACCUCUGACUACCCUCUGGAGGUGGAGGCGGGGAGGAGGAGGAGCAGGAGGAGGAGGGUGGUGGUGUUGGACAUGCCAGGUUUUGGAGACACACACCUGACCCAGGAGCAGAUCAUCACAGAGAUCAGUCGAUGCGUGGCCCUGACGGCCCCCGGCCCCCACGCCUUCCUCUUGGUGGUCCAGGUGGGACGCUUCACAGAGGAGGAGAACAUGGCCGUCACUAUGAUGGCUGAGUUAUUUGGAGAAGCGGCGGUCCGCAACCACACGGUGGUGCUGUUCACCAGGGGAGAUGACCUGGAGGAGCCGAUAGAGGAGUACCUUUCCAGCGCACCUGUGAGCCUCAAGGCUUUGAUUGACAGGUGUGGAGACAGGUACCACGUUCUCAACAACCGGGCGCCCAGCGAUGUGCAGCAAGUUCACAAGCUGCUGGGAAAGGUGGAGCAGGUUGUGGAGGACAACGGUGGAGGGUGUUACACCAACGCCAUGUACCGGGAGGUAGAGGCAGCAAUCAAGGAGGAGAAGGAUAGAGUAAGGAGGGAGGAGGAGGAAAGGGUUAGGAGGAAGAAGUACCGGUUAAAGAAGAAGGAGGACUCGGUAAGGAGGGAGGAUAGGGCUAGGAGCGAGAGGGCAUCAGCCAAAUCCUCCAGCAGUGGGGUGCUGCUCUCCCCCAGCCUGAUGCAGACAGUGAGAAAUGUGGUGGCGUCGGUGCUCACCGGCCUGGCGGUGGGGGCUUUGUGUGGGGCUGCUGCCUCCCUAGCAGCGACAGCAAUACCAGCCUUGUUGGGGGGAACAUUAGUCUGCAGUACACUUUCUAUGGCCGCGGGUGGGUUUGGGGGGGGCUGUAUGGGUUUCGUGAUUGGGCAAGAAGCUGACAGUCCUUUGGAAGGAGCUCAGCAAACCCUGCGCCAGGUGGGCAUCGUGGGGGCCGGGGUUGUGGGGGUGGCAUUGGUAGGGGGUGUGGUUACAGCUAUACUGGGGCUGAAGACUGUCUCCAUCCCUCCACUUUGCAAUCUCUACCACCUUACGGGAGCAGAGGGGCCGUGGCCAACAGACAUGGGGGAGAAUGAUCCAGAAGAAGAGCUGAGACUGAUCCUGAUUGGAAAGACGGGAUCUGGGAAGAGCUCCUCAGGGAACACCAUCCUGGGCCGGAGUCACUUCCUGUCCAGGUGUAGCACCGGCUCUGUUACCAAGGUCUGCCAGCUGGGGACCUCUGACUACCCUGUGGAGGUGGAGGCGGGGAGGAGGAGGAGGAGGAAGAGGGUGGUGGUGUUGGACAUGCCAGGUUUUGGAGACACAUACCUGACCCAGGAGCAGAUCAUCACAGAGAUCAGUCGAUGCGUGGCCCUGACGGCCCCCGGCCCCCACGCCUUCCUCUUGGUGGUCCAGGUGGGACGCUACACAGAGGAGGAGAACAUGGCCGUCACUAUGAUGGCUGCUGUAUUUGGAGAAGCGGCGGUCUGCAACCACACGGUGGUGCUGUUCACCAGGGGAGAUGACCUGGAGGAGCCGAUGGAGCAGUACCUGGCCAGCGCACCUGUGAGCCUCAAGGCUUUAAUUGACAGGUGUGGAGGCAGGUACCACCUUCUCAACAACCGGGCGCCCAGCGAUGUGCAGCAAGUUCACGAGCUACUAGGAAAGGUGGAGCAGGUUGUGGAGGACAACGGUGGAGGGUGUUACACCAACGCCAUGUACCGGGAGGCGGAGAUAGCAAUCAGAGAGGAGCAGGACAGGAUAAUGAGGGGGCGGGGCCAAGCAGAGGGCGAGGAAGAGGAAAUGAAGAUGUCUGAUUGGAGGAGGCGUGUCCUAGAGCGGGAUGGGGGGGCUGAUGACGGGGACGAGGUGUUUUGGACACAGACCGAGACGGCGGAGAGAAGAGGAGGUGCUCUCAGCUUCCUCAGGGAAAGAGGAGAGCGAUGGAGAGAUGGGUGGAGACGUGGAAGGAGGGGCGGUGGCCGGCCGAGGCCACGUGCUCCCUCUGCCCCCGGUAGGGGGUGGCGAAGCCAGGUGCCCCUUUCUCCCAGCGUGCUGCGGAGAGUGAAGGUGGUGGUGGCGGCGGUGGUCACUGGCCUGGUGGUAGGGGCUCUGUGUGGUGCGGCUGUCCCACUAGCAGCAGCAGCAGGGGCAGCCGUGGUGGGGAACGCAGCAGGUUUGGGUGUAGCUCAUCUGGCUGGGGCGACGGUAGGGUGGGUGGAGGCUAUCGGCGCUGUUGUAGCAACAGCCUCGGGACAGACGGCCGCGGGGGCCGCUAUCGGAGGGCUUGUGGGGGGCUCCGUGGCCGCUGCGGCUGGGCUAGAAGCUGCCAGUCCUGGGGAAGGAGUUCAGUUAGCCCUGGGCCAGGUGGGCCUCCUGGGGGUAUCAGCUGUGGGGGUGGCUGCAGGGGUGGGGGGCGUCCUGGGAGCUGGGGCCGCCCUAGGGGCCACGGCCCUGCCUGGAGCCCAUGCUGCCGCUGCAGGGGCCGUAGUUAGAGCCGGGACCAGCGGGGCGGUGUGUGCUGCUUCAGGCCCCAGCUUGGUGUCUGCCUCCUGGGGAGGAGCGGGGGCCCGCGUCCUGGCUGCAGUAGCAGAGGUGGGCCAGGCGGCGGUGGGACUGGUGCUGGCUGGUGGUCUUGUGGUAAAGGUGUUCAAAGAAAAGGUCUGUAGCGGCGAAGGGACCAGGGAAGCUAGCUACACAGAGCGCAGGACGUAUGAAAUCCACUGGAACAAAUAAGAGAGGCUUCCCAUAUAGUUUUGUUAAUUUUAAGAAACAAAAACAACUAUAGAAGAAAACAUUUCCCAUAGAUGUGCCUUUACAGAAUGUGAGCUAUCUAAUAAAUAUGUUUCACCUUUACUUG